AGGCGCGAUAAUUGCACUAUUGUUGAAUUGCAUUGCUACCGUUUUGUUGACAAAUCCGCGCAAUUUUUGCUCUGACCAUAGAUGUUAUAGAGCUAGCUUUCCCCAGUCAGCUUUUCCAAAGCUAUGCCGGCCGAUAUUCGAAGUUUCUUCGGGCCAAAGACCGGCAGUCAGCCGUCUAGCCAGGAGAAAGCUACCCCCAAAGCUACGCCGAAGGCUGAUGCAAAUGCAUCUAAGAAAAAGGGCAGAGGAUCAAGGCGAGUCGUAGAUGACAGCGACGAUGAUGCUCCUGCUCCCACAAAAUCGACGCCCAAAAAGGCAACCCCAAAGAAGCCAGUAAAACAGGAAUCGCCAAAGGGAACAGAAACUACUACAUCGGACUAUUUCGCCUCCACCGGGAAGAGCAAGCCGGCACGAUCCAGUACCAAAACAAAAGCUCAGAACGCGAAGGCCGCAACCCCAGAGCCAGAUGCCCCGGCUGUGAAGAAGGAAUCGCCAGCAAAGAAUACAAGAAGUGCAAAGUCUACUGCGAAGAAGCCCACUACAAGCUACAAGGAUGUCAGAAGUCAUGAAGACGACGAUGUUCCUCAAGACGAGGACGAUGCGGACGACGUCUUCAAGGCCGAAUUCAAGAGCCGUGGGAAGGGUUUGGGCGACGAUUAUCAAGAGGAAGAUGACGAGGACGAGGAAGAUAUCAAGCCGAAACGGCGCUCAGCUGGUCGGGGCCAACAGACAAGCAUUGGAAAAUUCAAAAUCCCAGAUGAGGACGUCGAUAUGAAAGAUGUCAACCCAGAUGACGACUUUGUCGUACCCGACGCCGAUGAAGAGAUUGUGGAGGACAAACCGGCUCGGUCAUCUCGGAGUUCGGGCAAAGGAGGCAAACGAAAAUCGGUGACUGCAAAAGAGGAUGAGGAUUUUGUUGAAGAAGAUGAGGAUGAUGUUGCACCGGCGAAUAAGAGAAGAAAAGUGGCAGAGAAGCCGGACCGAUCACCGGCGAAGAAGUCUCCAGCCAAGAAACCACGCACAUCGGCGGCCAAGAAGGAAGAGCCAGCUGAAGACUCAGCAGUGCAGAAGAUCUUCGAUAGUAUACCGACUGUUCGGCCACCUAGUCCUCCAGCCAAGUCAGGGGAAGGAAAGAAAUUCAAUUAUUUUGAGCAUGCACACAGCCGUGGUCAAGCGGCGCCAGCGGCUGGCACAAAGGAGAUACCUAUUGGCGCGGAGAACUGUCUCGCAGGACUUACCUUUGUGUUUACCGGCCUUUUAGAAUCUCUUGGACGAGACGAAGGACAAGAACUGGUUAAGCGCUAUGGAGGAAAGGUCACCCUGACGCCUAGCUCCAAGACGAGCUAUGUUGUCUUGGGCGCCGACGCUGGACCAAAGAAGCUGGAAACAAUCAAGAAGCAUAAUCUGAAGACAAUCAACGAGGACGGCUUGUUUGAGCUUAUUCGGAAGCUUCCGGCCAACGGGGGCGACAGCAAAGCGGCAGAAAAGAGCGAAGAGAAGCGACGAAAGGAGGAAGAGAAAGUCAGGGAGAUGGCGGCCGAGAUGGAGCGACAAGAGCGAAGAGCCGGAGGCGCUGGCGGAUCGCGGGGCACAACGGCUCCCAAGGCUGGGGGCGCAAACGCGGGUGGUGCUGGAAAGGCGGCUGGUGCCUCUUCCCAGAAGACGCAUGUCGAUAGUCGACUUUGGACAGUCAAAUACUCGCCCCAGUCGAUGCAGCAGAUUUGUGGAAACAAAGGGCAGGUUGAGCGUUUGGGAAGAUGGCUUAAAAAAUGGCAUUAUAACGCAAAGUUCAACUUUAAAAAGCCGGGUCCGGAUGGGUCAGGAUUGUACCGUGCUGUCAUCAUCUCUGGUCCGCCUGGUAUUGGCAAGACUACAGCAGCACAUCUUGUAGCCCGACUAGAAGGAUUCGAUGUUGUGGAGAGUAAUGCCAGUGACACGCGCAGCAAGAAACUUGUCGAAAGCGGCCUUAGGGGUGUCCUUGACACCUCUUCACUCCUGGGAUACUUUGCCGGCGAGGGACAAAAGGUUGAGGCCAGCAAAAAGAAGCUUGUCCUCAUCAUGGACGAAGUGGACGGAAUGUCUGCAGGAGACCGUGGGGGCGUGGGCGCUCUCGCGAGUGUCUGUAAGAAGACGAACAUUCCCAUGAUCCUCAUCUGCAACGAACGAAAGAUUCCCAAAAUGAAGCCUUUCGAUUACGUUACGCUCGACAUGCCAUUCAGGAGGCCGACAACCCAGGACAUUCGAUCAAGAGUUAUGACGAUAUGUUUCCGCGAAGGAAUGAAGAUGCCCGGUCCUGUCGUCGACGCUCUGAUUGAAGGCAGCCAUUCCGACAUUCGGCAGAUUAUCAACAUGCUUUCGACUGCUAAGCUUGAUCAGGAAGCCAUGGACUUUGAUCAGGGCAAGGCCAUGUCAAAGGCAUGGCAAAAGCACGUUAUCCUCAAGCCAUGGGACAUUACGGCGAAACUGCUUGGCGGGCAUCUCUGGGCAGCUAAUAGCGGAUCUACUCUCAACGAGAAGAUUGAGUUAUACUUUAACGAUCACGAGUUCAGUUAUCUCAUGCUCCAGGAGAACUACCUCAAGACGACUCCAACCUUGACGAACAAUUACUCUGGCAAGGAGAGAAAUCUGAAGCACCUUGAGCUCAUCGAAAAGGCUUCCGAGAGCAUCAGUGACGGCGACCUGGUCGAUCGACUCAUCCACGGCCCGCAACAGCAGUGGAGUCUUAUGCCCACGCAUGCAGUCUUUAGUACAGUUCGCCCUGCGAGCUUUGUAUCCGGCAAUCUUGCUGGGCAUGGUCCAAUCAACUUCACUUCCUGGCUAGGCAAUAACAGCAAACAAGGCAAACUCUCCCGCUUUAUCAAAGAAAUCCAAGGCCAUAUGCGCCUCCGCGCUCACGGUGACCGCCACGAGAUUCGUCAACAGUACCUGCCUACAUUAUGGGACCAGCUCAUUCGCCGACUACAAGACGAAGGCAAAGAGUCAAUUGAAGACAUUAUCCAGCUCAUGGAUAGUUACUUUCUCACCAAGGAAGACUGGGACGCGAUCAUGGAACUUGGUCUCGGGCCCAUGGACCAAGAAAAAGUCAAGAUUGAAACCCAGACAAAGUCUGCCUUUACAAGAGCAUAUAACGCCACAUCUCAUCCUCUCCCCUUUAUGAAAGCCAGCAGCGUCAUUGCGCCCAAAAAGGCUACUAAGGAGAAGCCCGAUCUCGAAGAAGCCUUGGAAGAAUCCGACGAAGGCGAAGAAAUUCUGUCUGACAAUGAAGUCAAGCAAGGCGACAAUGACGAAGAAGAAGAUCUUGAUCUCACAAAGGAUAAAUAUGUCAAGAUGCCGAAAAAGAAAAAGACUGCUGCCGCUGGCACGAGCGCGGGGAAAAAGAAGGCUGCUGGUACUACAAAGAGCAUGGCAACGUCCAAGUCGUCAUCAUCAAAGUCAAAGCCAGCAAAGGGAGGCGCUGGUGCUGCAAAGGGCAAGAGAAAAUCCAAAGCAAAAGAUUCUGACCUCGACGACGAUGACGACGACGACAUGGAUGAUUUUGUCGUCGAUGAUGAUGAUGACGAUGACGCGGGGCUAGAUGACGAUGACGAUGACGAAGAUGAGGAGGAUGUAAAACCAAAGAAGAGCAGCAGGGGAGGGAAGAAGGCGAGUGCUGCAAAAGGACGCGGACGAGGAAGGAAGUGAUUUUACUUUUCCUUCUCCUUUUACCCCUCUAUUUCUCUUUUCUUUUUUUCCCGCCUCUUUUUUAGCUAUCUCCUUCCGUUUCCUUUGGGGAGGUUCACCGUUUUCUGUUCCCCAUCAUCCUUUCCCCUCUGAUCACUCAUCAUCAUUAUUUUUUUUCUUGUUCUUUCCACCACUUAUCUCUUAUCUUACUACUCGUCGUCGUCGCCGUCGUCAUCAUGUCACUUUUACUCUUUUCUUUCCCCCGCUCUCAUUGUCCAUUUCUUUUGAAACUUUGUAAUCCUUUGUAUCAUAUCAAUUACUUAAAGCGCGGAGACAGUAAAAGGGAAAGAGAGGGCGGAAAUUGGGGGGAAAAAAGAGGUCCAAAGAAUAGCCUAUGUUAAACUGUGAGUCUUCGUGUGGGAAACUAGGUAGAAGCAGGGUAUUUUAAUAAAUCUUUUUUUUUCCCUCUUUCAAGUCAUGCACCUGCCACCUACUAGACUG